AUGGCGGAUACGAUGACUUCAACACUGGUCGAACCAGUUCGAGCCUCCAUGCUGAUCGAUCUGGAGGGAGCUAGUACCCAUCCAAAGGACUUGAGGCCGCAGGAAAGUCCACGCGCAAGCGAAGUAAUGGGCAUCCGGAUUGAAGGCCUUGACAGGUCAUUUACCGCGGUCUGGCUGGGUGGGAGAGUCAUUGGAAUUGGGUCGGCUGAAGUGCAGGAUGGUAAAUCUCCAAGAAGUAAGAGAUCUUUCGUCCUCCAAACGCUUGCUGCAGCACUCCUCCAGCCUCGACUCCAAUCCCAAGCCAGUUCAAGUGUGCUGCCAAAUGUGUACCUUGUGACUCCCCACACUUCUCAAACCAUUCCGAUGCUCCAUGUUCUUCUGACAAAGACCAUCUCUGAUUCCUCGGCUGCGCUCGAGCUUCUCAAAACUGUCCGACUGUUACAGUAUUUUGACCUCGCGGGACUGGCAGAAAGCUUAGCGGAGAUCAGCCAGGAGCUGUUUCAGAGGACUCAUGCAACCAAUAUGUCAAUCAAUCCAGAAGCUGGCAAACGUACUCCACUCAAAGAUAUCGUCUUGAUCCAGGGUUUAGGACAGACGAUGUCAGCCACGCAUCGUCGGAGUGGUCUUGUUCAGAGCAAUGCGUUGCUUGGAAAUCUGACAAGGAACAUUACACAGAUUUCACGAAUAUCAAGAGACGUCCUUGUUCUUGUAGAAGUUCCUCUCGAGAUCGGGACAGUCCGCGACACCCAGUUGUAUCAAGAAACAGCAAAGGCCCGGAGAGUCCAAGCAGCUAUCGAAAUGAAGUCUGCCUUUGCUGGAACCCAUGGUGAGGCGUUGAGGCUCUGCUCGGGGCAUGAGUCACUGGCAAGGACUCUGGAGGCGGCCCUAGAUUGUAUCGUUGUGGUACAUGACGGGUUCGGACGAGUCAAAGAGGUGGGAAGACCUAACGAACGCGAAGAGCAUGUGGUUGAGGUCGUCAAGGAUCGAGUUGGUGACUUGAUGGGUCUUUGGGGCAUUUGGAAAGGAGGAUGA